GGUGGAGGGUUUGGCACAGGUGAGCCAAUAUCAGGGAAGCUAUUGUAGUUCGCACCUGGCACUAGAAAUCCCUCUCUAUUAACAGCUCUCUUACGUAGUUAGAUACCUACAUAUAUAUAUAUAUAUAUAUAUAAAAUAUAUUAUAUGUGUUAUAUGUUCUACCCACGUAUGAUAGGUGUACUCGUAUACCUAUGCAUGUACAUUAUAAUACCCUGUGGUAUAUGAAGUGAUGGCGAUGGCGAUGGCGAUGGCGAUGUUAAGUUUGCGAUGCACAAAACUCCCAGGAUUGCGUGCCGAGAAGUAGCAAAAAGUAUAUAUCUACAUACAGACGUAUGUUACCGAUCCGAAGUUUGCAUUGAGCAGAUAUAUCUGAUUGCCUGCAAUUAUAGAUACCUCCCUGAUAAUCUGAACUUAUCCUUAAAAGACGAUGAAAAUUCCUCAUUUUACCUGCCAAUUUUAAGGCUUCGGAUCAGUUACAUAGGAAUCUAGUUCAAAAGUCACACGAGGGAUUAAAAAAACCAAAAAAUUGAGGUUGCGAGGCUGCAGCUUACAGUUUCCAAAAAACACGGUGUCUAUAGUUUUGCUCUUUCUUUUCGUCAAAUAUCACAGAAUCCAAAAUAGUCGGUCAAAGAACGCUGGAAUUCAGGAUUCAUCUCUAAAAAGCAAUGAAUCCGUUCCCAAAUUUUCGAUUUUCCAUACGUAUCGAAUCUGCGGACGUUACUCGAUUCUUGAAAUCCGAUCCAUCGCGUCACUAUUCUUGUACCGACCUUGAAAGAGUAGCGUGUAAAAAAGAAAGUGGAGGUAAAAAAAAAGCGAAGAAAUCUUUUCACGAACCACUACGCAGAUGUACGAUACUUUACACCCUCACAUAGCUGCGAGAGUUUCUGAACUUAUAUGCUAGGGGUUGGAAAGCCUUGGUAAUUGUUACCCCAUUUUCUAUACGUAUAUCGAAGCCGCGUGGUUUGGGCGGGCCUGUCAGUCAAGAAUUCCACGCCCUGGAAGUCGGCGGGUUCACCUCAUAAUCCGCUGCGCCUUAUGUAUAAAUGUAAUUGGUAUAGUGCAGCCGUUGAGACAUUUAAUAACUUUCAACGAAUAUAAAUCCUAUUAAAAUCUAUCGUUGGAAUUUCCUCUACUUAAAUCGUUUGAAAUUUUAGAUUACGUAACAUCAUCUUCAUAUUCUCUUUUCAACAUAAUACGCUUCUACCCUUAUUCUUUUUUCAAUAUAAUCUUACCAAAACUAUUUCAAUGGUUGUAAAAAUCCGUUAUUUCUGAACAACGAUCCAUCCCAUUCUCCACACGUCCUCCGAUUAAUUUCAAAUAAUUUCAAUAAACGAUUCAAUUGAAAAUGAGCGUUGAUCGAACUACGGAGACCAACGAUCAGAUCAGGGGUGCGAUUCCUCCACCCUCUAAAUCCGGAGGAAAUAAUUCUCUGAAGCAGCAUAUUUUGCAGCGUGAAUCGACAAGAGAUAAACCAACUUAUCCCAGAGACAGAGAGCGGGUCCUGUACCCGAGGAGCAACAGGACUCUGGCAAAGGUUCCCGUAACCGGUGGUACGCCCAUCGACGGAGAAAUGUGCAUGGCGCUGAGGCAGGUGGUUUUCGGAUCCUGCGCUAAUCCUCCGAGAGGCGAGUGGUCCCGAACGGGUUUGACAUUGAGGGCCGGGGGUCAAGCGAUGGCGUUCGGAAUAAGAGCGGCUAGAAAUUCGACGAGAAGUCUCGUGACCGCGGUCCAAGCUGUGAUGUUGAAGCAUUUUCUAUUCAAGAACACUCCGUCGUUGAAGCGAGUCAUAACCGGUGGUACGAUCGCCGCCGGGAAUUCAUCCGUGCUCACGCCCGCGGAGACGUUGUUGAAGCCGAAUCACGAACGGCAGGUGGAAGUCCUAAGCCUUUCGAUCGCCGAAGUUAUAUGGAGAUGCGGAUCCGCCGACGCCACCAUCAAUCAUUCACAGGGGGAUACGGCCAAUUUUGGGAUAACAUCGCCAAAAGCGAUCGUCGUUCUCCCCCAGGAUAUUCCUUACGUUCAGCACAGUAGUCAGUAUUUCCAGGACGGCAUUACGGAAACGCUCCACGUUUUCGAGUUCUCGAAUCUCGAUGACCUUCAGAUAUUCGUCAAGCGGUAUCUUUACUUGUUCCAGGACGAAGGGGGACCAGGUGCGAUAAUCCUUUUAUACAGUGCAGUUCUUUCGAGAGGGAUAGCCCGCAUACGUAAUGACCUGGAAGAUCCACGUACUUCGAUCCUUCCCGGAUGUCCUGAAGAAGGACCCGUGAGCAUAGUCAUUCUUUUGCUCACGGGACGCUGCUCUCCUCACCUUCAUAACGGCGUACUCCACGUUGGCGACGAAAACACCUACGCGAUUCCUCGAUGGGGGGUUUUGACGAGGAGUGAAGUCGGAAUUUUGGUACACGACGGUGAAGUUGCCGGAGGAGUGAGCAGGCAACCUGGAUCGAGACUGAAAACGCCAAGCCUUCCAAUUUGGGUGACCCUUUGCCAGGGUCAUUUUGGAGUUCUGUUCAACACCAACCGUGAACUCCUUCGCAACUACCAUGCGGAAAGAAGGUUUGAAAUUCAUUACUACACAACUAGUGGUAGCAACGUUACCUUGACCGUCGAUACUCGAGCCGUUAAUUCACGCGACAUCGCGUCGGCUGGAGCCAACAAUUUGCCCGAUAGCCGAGUCCCUAGGGAUAUGCAGGAGCAGAUUGUCGACGUGGCGACUACCCCGCUAGAAAAACUAAUCCACACCAAGUGGCAAGACGCUCAGAUCCAGUGGAAUGGAACACCGGUACUGUAGCUACGUGUACAAUAUUAAAACAAAGAGAGAAACACAUUUCGCAAACAGAAAAAAUAAUCAAACUAGAGUGUAAAUUAUACCUCACAAUAUGAUAACCGUGUAUAGAUGAUCUGUUGAAUAAUAUUGUUGUUGUUGUUAUAUUAAUGAUUAAAAUAAUAUAAUAUUAAUGUAAAUGUUGUUUGUAUAAUUUUCUAGAAUAUACAUAAUAUCAAUAUAUGUGGGUAUAUUACAUAUGUAGACUCGUGAUUAUGAACCGUACAUGCGCUUUAAUUAAUAUUGCAUAUGUAUAUGAAUACCGCUAUAUUUCACGUAUACUGGCGAUUGUUGUAUCAAUAAAUAAUUGUUAUACCUAU